AUGCGAGCCAGCACGCAGACCAGAGGUCGUCGGUCCCACCAGAAGUCACGACAUGGUUGCCAGCAAUGCAAGUUGCGCAAGGUGAAGUGUGGUGAAGAGAAGCCAAGUUGUAUCAAUUGCAGGAGGCACGGAGUGACUUGCUCCUUUGCCCAGAGCCCCUCAUGUCAUGACCGUUCACCCUCAUGUAAUCAGGUCCCAACACCCCAGGACAAUACCAGGACAAUAGUCUCCGGUUCCCCUGGCAGUGAUGGCCAGUCGCAGGCAGCAGUGGCACCGGACCUUGCCAUCGCAGACUUGGAGUUGCUUCACCAUUUCACCACCUCCACCGCCUACACCUUCUCACACCACCCUGUCUUGCAAUCAUUUUGGCGCGUCGAGGUCCCCCAGAUCGGGUUCACCGCGCCAUACACUCUCCAGGCAAUUUUGGCUCUGUCGGCCCUGCAUCUUGCCACCCUACGUCCGGAGAGGUCGCAGUCAUACAUCGCUCAAGCGAACAUCCAUCACGAAGCCGCAUUGAAACUCGCCACCCCCGAGAUGGCCAACAUUACCCCGGAGAAUUCAGCACCCCUGUUCCUUUUUUCCGCCCUAUCGACCUUUAUCUGGUGCGCGAAGCCGCUCAAACUGGGCAAUUUCCUGUUUUGGGAAAACCACGAGAUCGCCAGCUGGCUCGUGCUCAUCCGAGGCACCGGAACUAUUCUCGAUUUUGCCGAUGAAGCAUUGAAGAACGGACCCUUGGCUUCAAUGUUCAGCGCCCGAGCUCGAAAUAGAAUUUCUGAACCAGUCCCACAACACCAAGUUCUCGAGAACUUGCGAAAUUUGGUUAUGGCAGAUGUUCAAGAGGAGCACACGGCUAAUAUUUGCAACAUUGUCAUUGAUGAGAUGAACCGACCGUUCAUCUUGUGCUUAGAGAGAAACCUGAGGCUCGAGACUGCGGAUGUUUUCAUUUGGCUGUUGCGCGUACCUCAUGAGUUUCUGCUCCUGCUUAAGGACUAUCAGCCGCUUGCUAUGGUGAUUGUUGGUUACUUUUGCGUGGUCCUUCACCAGCUCGAGUGGAUGUGGUGUAUGAGGGGAUGGAGCACUCACCUUCUCUCGCAGAUCUAUAACCAGCUCAGUCCGGCGUAUCGAGCUUGGAUUCGGUGGCCAAUCGAGCAGAUUGGAUUUCUUCCGCCUAGAUGA